AUGAUAUGUUUAAUAUCAAUUCUUUUUUCCAUCUUAAUAGUGGUUGAAUUUGUUCUCGGAAAUUUGGCCAAUGGCUUCAUAGCACUGGUAAAUGCCAUUGAGUGGGUCAAGAGAGGAAAGAUCACCUCAGCUGAUCAAAUUCUCACUGCUUUGGCAGUCUCUAGACUUGGUUUGCUCUGGGUAAUAUUAUUAAAUUGGCGCUCAACUGUGCUUUACCCAGAUUUGUAUACUGUAGAAGGAAGAAUUUUUGUUUUUAAUGCUUGGGCAAUAGCCAACCACUUCAGCCUCUGGUUUGCUACUAGCCUCAGCAUAUUUUAUUUGCUCAAGAUUGCCAAUUUCUCCAACUUUGUUUUUCUUCACCUAAAGAGGAGAGCUAAGAGUGUAGUUCUGGUGAUACUGUUGGGGACUUUGGCGUUUUUGGUUUGUCAUCUUGUGUUGGCAAACAUGGAUGAGAGUAUGCGGACCAAAGAAUAUGAAGGAAAUGUGACUUGGAAGAUCAAACUGAGGAACCCUGUACACUUUUCAAAUUUGACUGCAACCACGCUAGCAAACUUCCUACCAUUUACUAUGUCUCUGAUGUGCUUUUUGCUGUUAAUCUGUUCUCUGUGUAAACAUCUCAAGAAGAUGCACCUCCAUGGUGAAGGAGCUCAAGAUCCCAGUACCAAGGUCCACAUAAAAGCUCUGCAGGCUGUGAUCUCCUUCCUCUUGUUACUUAUCAUUUAUUUUUCGUCUCUAAUCACAUCGAUUUGGAAUUCUGCUUGGCAGCCAAACACAUCUGUCAUCGUUUGUUGCCAAGCUAUUGGAAUCAGCUAUCCUGCAAUCCAUUCAUUCAUUCUGAUUUGGGGAAACAAGAAGCUAAAACAGAACUUUCUUUUGAUUUUGUGGCAGGUGAGGUGCUCAACAAAAUGA